AUGGACCCUCUGUCCCUACCAUCAAUCUACUACAACUCUAAGCUGUACCUAUCAGCACUAACACUAUCUGAUUUUAUAAUACAUACACAUAAGAACGGGAACCUUGAUCUGUGCCCGUAUAAGCUCAUCACAUGUUUGUCUCUCUCCGAACUGAAUUACCACCAUAGAACACUGAAGUUCAUCGAGGAGAACGAAGAAAUCCUAAACUAUCACGUAAUACGAACAAUGUAUCUCAAGCUGGGAAAUAUUCUUGAUUCGAAGAAACUCAAUUUGGCACUCCUUAGAGAUAAAAAGAACGAGGACUUCGCAUUAGUGGAUGGUAAACUUGACAAAAGGAGCAUUGAGUGUUACUUCGAAGCGAUGGUGAAGAAGCACACGGAAAGAAAAGACCUGCUAGUUGAAGCUAUCAAUUCUGACAACCGUAACCUUGAAGCACUAAUGGCCCUUAAAAGGGAAGAUUUGGUGAGUUCGGAAGAGUUUGAUGAAUUAAUAACCGCUGGACCGGAGUGGCUGAGCAAGCUGUACGCAUAUGUCGUACAUUACAAGGAAGAAGUUAUAUUUUCUCCGUUUUUCAUGGAAACAUACGCGUAUGACCAUUAUAAACGGGGAAUAACCGGUCUGCUUUUCAACUUUGGCGUGGAAAUGAUCGAGGACUUUCCCAAGUGCUCUGUUUCAUAUCUUGUCCUCGGCUACCAUCAUCUAUCCAGGAAAAGGCACGGCGAGGCAAAAAAAUGUUUUUAUGAAGCGAUAAAGUAUGACAAACAGAUUGGCAAUCUAUGGCUCUUCUUGGGCUUGGCAUAUUCAGGCCUCAAAGAAUGCGAAAAUGCUAUUUCAUGUUAUACUCAGGCCAAGCAGCUGAUGAUAGGCUCAUACAAACCAGAUUUUUAUCUUGCCUACGAGUACCACAAAAUGUACAACAUCGAACAGGCAAAUCUAUUUUAUCUGAAGGCACUGAAAAUAAAGGCUGAGCCGAUUGUUAUUGUGAGAUACGCCACUCUCUUAAUUUACUAUGAAUAUUACGUGGAUGCUCUGAAAAUACUCGCUAGAAUAGGCGAUGCCAACGAGUUUCAAAAUGUUUAUAACCUGCUUGUUGCAUACGCAUUCCUCUUCACAGGGGAUUUGGAUAGAUCUGAGCUGUUCCUCGACAAGUGUAAAAAAGAUUGGCGAUAUUUGGCUACUAAAGGGUUUAUUAAGCACUUGCGGUCGGAAAUAGAUGCGGCAGCCGAUAUAUACACUGAUGCAUUGAUAAAGCAUGGCAGAUCAUGGGUGAUUGAAGAUCUAUUAAGGCUUACGGUUGAAAUUAAAGAUGCAAAAAAAGACAAUCUGGCGUACGAGUACGCCAAUGAUUUGUUUGACUCCAUGGAUUUGAAAUCGUUAGAUUUUAAACCUGUUUAAGUAAAACGUGUUAGGCAGAAAGAUGAUCAAAUUUA